UUUGUUUAAACUAUACAUCUCAGAAAAAAGGAUCAAAUAUUUUCUCAAAGAAUCCAUGGAGGUUACUCAAUAUCAUCAAAGUUUUAAUGAAGGUUCGAGUUAUAGGGUUUCCAUGAACAAGAACUCACAAGUAAUAUCCAAGAUCAAGCCCAAGAUUCGCAUCAUCCACAUAUUCGCUCCUGAGGUCAUCAAGACUGACGUCAAGAAUUUUCGUUCACUCGUCCAAAGUCUAACCGGAAAACCCACAGCCGGAGAAGUUAAAACCGAUAAAAAGAGAGCCAACCCGAGAGUUUCGACGUCUCAAGAACCGGUUUGCAGCGAUCAUCAGCCGGCUAAUCGGCUAACGGGUUUCACAGGUUUAUUAGCAAACGGAGGAAACCAUCAGGUGAAAGAAGAAUGGGGAUCUGGUGAUCAUAAGCGUACGUCCAACACAAACACUUACUUUGACCUAGAAGGUUUGAUUCAAGAUGUAGGAGAAGAUUACUUCUCUUCGUUUCCCGUGAGAUCAUCUUCUUCUUCACAAGUGGAAGGUUUCAUCUUCAACAACAACCACAACACCAACAACAACUUCGAUGCAAAGGGUCAUAAUUCGUCAUAAAUAAUGACUGUUAAUUUCUAGAGUUUUCUGAUUUUGCAAUCGCAUUGGUUUGAUGAGUUAUAAUCGUUUGAGGCAUGAAAGCAAACGAAGAAGACUAUGUUUUUUAGGAACAAAGGCAUAGAAGUUAUAUUUUGAGUUUGAUGGGUACGUACAAUGACAACUGGAUUGUUUUUGGUAGACUGACUUUGCCAAGGCUGGGGGUUGUAAUAAAAAGUUUAAUUUAUGUGCAGCCCUUCCCAGAGAAGUGACUGUAUCUAAUUAAGUGGUGCCUGUGGGUCAGGUGCCUGUGGGUCAAAAAACCCUAGUUGUUUUGGUUUGUAACUUCAUUGAUGUGCUACUAUAUAUUGGAUGUGUAAUAAAAAUUC